AUGUGGUGGUUUUCAAUUCUUGUGCUUUUAUACAACUCAUCUUUUAUAUUUUCGCAAUCUUUACCUUUAUUACUUCUUGUUUCAUUCAAUGGUUUUCGUUGGGAUUAUCCGAAAUUAUAUGGGCCUCUAGGCAAUUUUUCUCGAUUAGAACAACGUGGUGUACAUGCACACAGCAUGAUACCGACCUUUACAACAGCAACAUAUCCUAAUCAUUAUACGUUAAUUACAGGUCUUUAUGAAGAAAUUCAUGGAUUAAUUUCCGAUCACAUGUAUGAUCCAAAAACGAAUCAAACUUUUCAAGCAGGAGAAACAACGGCAAAUCAAUGGUGGCCGUUCAAAACAAUUUGGACACUAAAUGAACAAAUGAAUGGUGCUCGGUCAGGUGUAAUUAAUUGGCCGCAAGGUUUUAUUUCUACAUCAAAAUAUGAACCAUAUAAAAAAGACCGUUCAUUUAAAGACACAAUUGAUCUCAUGCUUAGUUGGUUUAAUGAUCAAGAUAGACCAAUAAAUUUUGGAGCAAUGUAUUUUCCCGAACCUGAUUUAACUGGUCGUCGAACUGGACCUUAUUCAAGUAAUAUGAAAGCAACUAUAAAGCAAUGUGAUGAAUACUUGGGCUAUCUAUUAAAUGAAAUUGAUAAAGAUAUUAGAUUAAAAACUAAAUUACAUUUAAUUAUUACAUCAGAUCAUGGAAUGGAACAAAUUAAUGCAACAGAUAGACCAAUGUAUCUUGAAGAUUUUGUUAAUAUAAAUAAAUUAAAAGCAUUUGGAACAGAAACUGUUUUAAAUAUAUUUGUUAAUCAACCUAAUGAUAUUAAUAGUAUUCUUCAAAAUUUAACACAAAUACCGCAUUCGAAUACAUAUAAAAAAGAGAAUCUACCUGUUCGAUAUCAUUAUAAAACAAAUUCACGUAUUGGUGAUUUAAUUAUAAUUGUUGAACCUGGUUAUGAACUUCAUCGACAAUCAUUUCGUAUAUGCGAAGAUGGUGGCACCAGGGUUGAUUUAAAUACUAUACAUGGAAAUUCUGGUUAUGAUAAUCAAAUUGAUUCAAUGAAAACAAUUUUUUAUGCAAGUGGACCUGAAUUAAAAGAAAAUUUUACAUUAUCAAAAUCUAUAAAUUUAAAUAAUGUUGAUAUUUUUCCAUUAAUGUGUUUAAUACUUAAUAUUGAAAAAUGUUCAUUAUCAAAUGGUACUCUAAGUCAUAUUCAACCAUUUUUAAAUGAUCCAAGUAAAUUAUCUAGUCUCAAUGGAAAAGAAACAGAAAAAUUACAUGAUGGACCCAUGGGUUUAGUUAUUUAUUUACUAGUAUUAGUUAGUUUUGUUUUAAUACUCAUUAUGGCUGUUGCUUGGUCAGCUGUUUCAUUUCGUAAUGCAUCAGCUAUGGCUCGAGCAGCACAUCCUGAUGCAGCAACAAUUGCUGAACAAAAUCAAUAUAAAUUUACUCAAAUUAAUGAUCUCAAACUGCAUCCAUCUAUCGGAGAUGAUAAUCUUUAA